UUUGGUUGCGUGGCUUCAGCUGCUGCUCAUAGAGUCAUGUCUUCGUUUAAUGCGCGCAUCUCUCCAGAAGCGCAAAGAAGCUUAAGCUGGAUACAUUCUGAGGUGAUGUUCUGCAUCUAAAAAUCCUGAGAAAUCCACGUAAGGUUGACACCAUCCUUUCUGGAUGGAGGGAACAGGCAGCGGUUGUGCUUCCGAGCUCACCUCCUCAUGUGUGAUGCAUGAUGUGAGUGGGAAUGACACAGGUCCGGUAUUUGAGGUGGCUCUGCAGAACAACUCCUCCAAGCGCAGCCCUCAGUUUGUGGGCGUCGAGCUGCUGCAGUCUUUCAAGCUGCUCAUCAUCCCCUGCUACACUCUUGUUGCCCUGGUGGGGAUCUUUGGCAAUUAUCUUCUCCUUUAUGUCAUUUGCCGCACCCGCAAAAUGCACAAUGUCACCAACUUCUUCAUUGGAAACUUGGCUUUUUCUGACAUGCUGAUGUGUGCCACAUGCGUUCCCUUCACGUUGGCCUAUGCCUUCAACCCUCACGGCUGGGUCUUUGGCCGCUUCAUGUGUUACUUGGUGUACCUCAUCCAGCCAGUGACAGUGUACGUUUCAGUCUUCACUCUCACUGCCAUCGGUGUGGACAGAUAUUAUGCCACAGUGCACCCACUGAAGAAGCGCAUUUCAGUCUUAGCAUGCACCUAUCUGCUAUCUGGGGUCUGGCUGCUGUCCUGUGGUCUUGUGGCUCCAGCUGUGGCUCACACCUACCACGUGGAGUUUAAAAACGAAGGCUUCACCAUCUGCGAGGAGUUCUGGAUGGGUCAGGAGAAGGAGCGAUUGGCUUACGCCUACAGCACUCUCCUGAUCACCUACGUCCUGCCUCUGUCAGCGCUCUGCAUCUCUUACCUGUGCAUCUCAGUCAAACUGCGGAACUGUGUCAUACCCGGCCAUCACACCCAGAGCCAGGCUGAGGCUCAGCGCACACGUAAGCGCAAGACGUUCCGGCUGGUCAGCCUGGUGGUGGCAGCAUUUGGCAUCUGUUGGAUGCCCAUCAGCGUGUUUAACGUUCUGCGGGACAUUGACAUUGAUCUGAUUGAUAAGCGCUACUUUCUGCUCAUCCAGCUAUUGUGUCACCUGUGCGCAAUGAGUUCAUCUUGCUGUAACCCUUUCCUCUAUGCCUGGCUGCAUGACCGCUUCCGUGCUGAGCUCCGCAAGAUGUUCACAUGCCGCCGUCGUAUCGGCAUCUCUGCCAACAACUGCGCCACUGCCAGCGUGGUUUUGUGAAGCUUUUUUUUUUUUUUUUGCUAUAAAAAUGGUGCAUUAAUUCCAUUCUGAUGACAUUCAUGUUGAAUGAUAGAUGUAAAUUUGUGACUUCAAUCUCUGUGGUGAUCCAGCUUCAAGAGGCCUACUGUCAGACAUCUCUAACUUUUUUCCCACAUACACACAAAAAAAAAUCUCCUCUAUAAACGAGAUAUGUUUUCCAUGCUUUGCCAAGUUUCCCCUGUCAAUCCCUGGUGUCUACAUAAAAUAAAACACUGCUCACCAUCUUACAGUUUGGUUGGAGAUGAGGAGCAACCAGUGAGCACUUUAUUUCAGUGUUGAUUUUUAGUUCAAACUUGGCUGAUAGCUGUCUGCUGUUGUUUUAAGUCACGAAAUAGGAAGUUUGCACCAAAUAAAGAAUGAUUUACAAUUUGCUCAAGUGUUGUUUGGAAAUGAGGCAUUCAUGUUAGGUGUUGAUGUAUUUCUUCCCAGUCAUUUUGCUCUGGUAGGUUAAAAAAUCAGUACAACCUCAGUAUGUUAAAAUACAAUUUCAUGCAUUAAUAAUAAGAAAACAAGCUUCCUGCUAUAAUAAUAAUGUACAAGAACAAAAGCAAGGCAAGCUAUCUGUUUACCACAGGAUUGUAUUGCUGUGGGGGUCAUUUAUAACAGUGAAGCUUGCUGAUUACACAAGAGAAAUGAAGAUAAA